AUGGCAUUUCAUCGAAAUUUCCUAAUUAUCAUUAUGAUUAUUAUGCUUGGUUUCUUGAUAGAUAAAUUUCAAGAUACAACGACAAAUAAUCUAAAUAAUUUAUUUUUAUUAGAAACUUCACAAUCCCAAGAAGAUCUUUUUGAAAUCUUUGAAAGAUAUUUUAAACAAGAACAAGAACAACCUUCUACGGAACUCGCUGUUCGGCCUAACUAUCCAGUUAUUCUAUCUGACGUACUUUAUGAAAUGUUUAGUGAUGAAUUUUUAGAUCAAUAUUGGCAAAAAUUCGCUGCGGCACAUCAUGAACCAACGCCGCUUAUUUUUUGA